AUGUCUGGUUUUACUUGGAGUAAUGAAAAUGUGAUCACAUUGAUUGAACUAUUUCAAGAGAGACAAGUCUUGUGGAAUACGCAGAUGGAUGAAUACAAGGAUCGAAAUAAAAAACAUGACGCGUGGAUGCAAAUUGCGGCUGAAUUUAAUUUAGAUAAACAGGCGAUUGAAAAAAAAAUGCGGUCACUUAUAGGCCAAUUUCAGAGAGAGUGUAAGAAGCCUAAAUCAGGUGCGGGGGCUGACGAUAUACCUAAAUGGUUUGCGUAUAAAAAACUUUUAUUUUUAAAAGAUCGAAAUAAGCCAGAAGAAACUGUUGAUGGGGGAUUGUCGGUCAACGAAACUGAAAGCGAAAAACAAAUAAGUGACACUAAUACUGACUCCGGCGUACCAAAUGAGAAGCCAUUCACUGCCCCGAAAACAUUUCGUAAAAGAUUCAGGCCACAAGUUACAGAAGAUAAAACAUCAGAGGAAGCUUUGAAACUCUUAAAAGAAAUGUAUGAGAGUAGACGCGAGAGAGACGAAACUGAUAUUUUUGGAGAAUAUGUCGCAAGAAAACUUAAAGAAAUCAAAAAUACUCAUGCCAGAAAUACCGCGCAAUAUCAUAUUAAUAAUAUUUUGUUCAGUGCUUCCACGGGAGAAUAUGAUUGGCCAACCAAUACGAUGGAGAGACCCAGUAAUGCUGCUGGUGCUUUCGGAUACAACAGUGUACCAAGUCCAUCCACUUCUUCGGUUAAUAUUAGCACUGAUAGCAGAGAAUAUAUCAAUACACCAAGUCCAUCCACUUCAUUGGAUAAAACUUCAAUUACCAACGUCCCACAAUUCAGUGAAGAUUCUACGCAAUCAUUUGAUGAUUUGUUGCAAUCAAUCCAAAACAAAUGAUUACUUUGGAUCAACAUUCGUUUUUCGUUUUCUUGCUAUAUUUGUCAUUAAAAAUACUGCAAAAUUAAAUUUUAGCUUAUUGUAUUUUCAUUAAACAUUUCUGAACAAAAUGUUAUUAAUGUUAACAUUGAAAUAAAAGUAUUGAUUUGUACU